AUGAAGUUCUUCCUGUUUGUCACCUUUGUUGGCGUGGCUGUUGCCUUCCCCAUCAACGAUGAUGAUGACAAGAUCGUGGGAGGCUACACCUGUGCAGAAAACUCUGUCCCUUACCAGGUGUCCCUGAAUUCUGGGUAUCACUUCUGUGGAGGUUCCCUCAUCAACAGCCAGUGGGUCCUGUCAGCUGCUCACUGCUACAAGUACCGCAUCCAAGUGCAGCUCGGGAAACACAACCUGGCGCUUACAGAAUCCACCGAGCAGUUUAUCAGUUCAGCUAAAGUCAUCCGCUACCCUGGCUAUGACUCUGCAACACUGGACAAUGACAUUAUGCUCAUCAAGCUUGCCCAACCAGCCCAGCUCACCCGAGCCGUCCAAACGGUUUCUCUGCCUACCAGCUGUGUGGACGCAGGCACCACAUGCCUCAUCUCUGGAUGGGGCAACACACUCGGCAAUGGCUAUCUAUAUCCAGACACCCUGCAGUGCCUGGAGGCUCCUGUGCUCUCCUCAAGUGAGUGCAGCAAUGCUUACCCUGGGCUAAUUACCGACAACAUGAUCUGCGUAGGAUUCCUCGAGGGAGGGAAAGACUCCUGCCAGGGGGAUUCCGGCGGUCCAGUAGUCUGCAAUGGGCAGCUCCAGGGCAUUGUUUCUUGGGGUAUUGGAUGUGCAAAGGAAGGAUAUCCUGGAGUUUACACUAAGGUUUGCAAUUUUGUCUCCUGGAUUGAAGAAACCAUGGCUUCCAACUGAAACACUCUUGCUCUACGUCACCUAC